AUGGCUAUUAAAAGUGGAAAUCUUGAACUUAUUAAAUAUUUACAUGAAUUGGGGUAUAAAGGUGAUAAAUUAGCAAUUAGUUAUGCUUUUGAAAAUGCUGCUAAAAAUGGAAAUCUUGAACUUAUUAAAUAUUUACAUGAAUUAGGGUAUGAAGGUACAUAUUAUUUACAUGAAUUAGGGUAUGAAGGUACAUAUUUUACAUUUGAUUUAGCUGUUAAAAGUGGAAAUCUUGAACUUAUUAAAUAUUUACAUGAAUUAGGGUAUGAAGGUACAGAAUUUGCAAUAGAUAAUGCUGUUGAACAUGGAAAUAUUGAAAUUUUUAAAUAUUUACAUGAAUUAGGGUAUAAAUGUACAACAUGGACAAUUUAUUGUGUUGCUGAAAAUGGUCACCUUGAAGUAAUUAAAUAUUUACAUGAAUUAGGAUAUAAAGGUAAAGAAAAUGCAAUUUUUGCUGCUGUUGAAAGUGGAAAUCUUGAACUUAUUAAAUAUUUACAUGAAUUUGGAUAUAAAGGUGAUGAAUCUGCAUUUAAUUGUGCAGUAAAUAAACAGAUAAGAUCACCAUCAGAUAGUAACCUUGAAAUUAUUAAAUAUUUACAUGAAUUAGGGUAUAAAGGUAAUAAGGUUGAUUUCGCUGCAAAAAUAGAUAAACUUUAUUUAAUUCAAUUAUUAAUUCGAUUUGGAGAAAAAGGAAGAGAAAAAGCAGUUAAUUUUGCUGCAAAAGAGGGACAUCUCGAAGUACUAAAAUAUUUAGAUUCAUUAGGAUAUAGAGGAACAGAAGAUGCAAUUGUUUAUGCUGCAAAAGAAGGUCAUCUUGAAGUAAUUAAAUAUUUACAUGAAUUAGGGUAUAAAGGUACAGAAAAUGCAAUUGAUAAUGCUGCUUUAAAUGGACAUCUUGAAGUAAUUAAAUAUUUACAUUCUAUAGGAUAUAGAGGAACAGAAAAUGCAAUUGAUAAUGCUGCUUUAAAUGAUCAUCUUGAAGUAAUUAAAUAUUUUCAUUCUAUUGGAUAUAGAGGAACAGAAUGGGCAGUUAAUUUUGCUGUAUUUAAUGAUCAUCUUGAAGUAAUAUAA